AUGGCGAUGGCAGGCAUUAAGACCAUCAUAGUCCUAUCCUUCAUCCUCGCCAUCGGCUUCCUCCUCGUCAUCCUCUCCUCCGCCCUGUUCAACAACUUCCUGCCCCUCCUCGUCGUCGCAACCUACUGCCUCGCCCCGAUCCCCAACUGGCUAUGCGGAAAAGCGAGCAAUCCGGAUGACUUUAUGGAUAGUGGGAGUGGGAACAGUAUCGUUGAAUUGGGAAGGUUUAUUACUGGGUUCUUGGUUGUGAUGGGCAUUGGUAUGUACCUCUUACCCUGGAGCGAUAAGGGAGCGUGGGUAUGGAGAACGGUCGCUAAUGUUUCAUACAGCACUGCCAGUAGUAUUGGCACAUUGCGACAUGAUCCGGAUCGAAGCGAUGGUGAUGAGCAUAAUCGGAGGAUUGUUGAUUUACGGGACGAUUAUAAGUUUUACCAUGUUCUUCCGAGAACAGGAGGAGUUUUGAGCAAUGAGAGUUGA